AUGGCUGCUAAAUUCUCUCUAGUAGCUAGAGACAGCGAUGGAAUUUCUUGGGUCCCUCCCCCCCUCACCGCCCAGAGGGUGGGGAGAGCCAAAUUUGCCGUGCAAGAUGCGGAUCUUGGCCAGAAACCCAAGAGAGAUUUAAGAGAGGUGCCCACGUACGACAAGUUCUACUUUGCCAUUGUAUGCGCUCUUCAACUAGAGUAUAAUGCUGUGAUCCGCUCAGUGGACUAUCAGUGGCCAACUACCCCCUUUGACCCUGAUGAUCCGAACGUGUACACUCUUGCAAAAAUGGGCGGGCGCAACGUCGUGAUCGCGCGGCCGCUGGACGUUGGGCCGGGGCAAGCCCAAAGUAUUACGGAAGCUCUCAGAAGAAAGUUCACCAAGGUAGCCCUCUUCUUGGUCGUGGGCAUCUGUGGCGCCGUGCCCUUCUUUCCGGCGCAACCUGACCCUGGGCAUGUUGUUCGCAGGAUCAUUCUCGGCGACGUUAUCAUCAGCAGCUCAAUCGCGCAAUAUUUGUACCGAGGACAGGCCAGGCCAGAUGGAUUCCAGAUGCGGAAUAUUCUGAACGGGAACGGCUGGGUUAUGCAGCCAAGCCCUCGAGCCAAAGCCCUUGCGCAAGCCCUUGAAGGACCCAACUGGUUGGACAUCGCCAAGAAAAACAUGUUGCACAAUCUCAUGCAGCUGCAGGAAAACCAGCACGGCGUUUAUAUGUAUCCUGGAGCAGAGCGAGACAAGCUGUACCAAGCCUCCUAUGUUCAUAAGCACCAUGAAGCACAAGGUUGCGCUUGUGCCAAAUACGAGCAUGAGACGUGCGAUGGCGCAAUGCGUACUGCGUGCCAAGAUAUCUGUGAUGAAGAUCGCUUAAUUAUUGAUGGAGAGAGCCAACAGCGGGGCGGCUCGCCCAAUAUCUAUCUGGGAGCCAUGGCAUCGGGAGAUAUCGUUAUGCGAUCCGGCGAGCUCUGA